AUGGGGGACGUCAGUCGGACGAAUGAGUCUGAACAGUCAGAGGUCGAACGAGAAGAUCAGACGACGACCGAUGAGUCAGAAGUAACACGAACAGAUACCAUUUCCAAACCAGAUGAGCUGCAAUAUGAAGAGCCCGGUAGUAUAUAUUUGAAUGACCUACGCCCUACAGCUGAUAGACUCUUUGGCGACAAUUUGUCUUUAUAUGCAGGCAACGUCUCAAAUGGACAAAGCUAUGGUCAAUCACCGACACAGCCAGGACCAUCACCGACUUCCGUUCCCGAGUCGCAGCCAGCUUCCAGAUGGAAACGUUCCAUGGUCUACAGAGUAUGGAUUCAGGGAAAAGGCAUGCUGAUGGUGGUUCUUUCUCAAUUCUUCGGGUCUUCUAUGAAUGUGAUGACCCAACUUUUGGAGAGGGAUGGUUCGCAUGGAAAGGCCAUGCAUCCGUUUCAGAUCCUCUUCUCACGCAUGAUCAUCACCGUCGCAGCUAGCUUCUUCUACAUGUGGUACGCGCAAGUCCCGAAUCCAUUCGGAUCUAGAGGGAUCCGAGGGCUACUGAUGCUCCGAGCUGCUGGUGGCUUUUUCGGCGUCUUCGGCAUGUACUUUUCCCUGUUGUAUAUGCCACUAUCAGAAGCCACGGUGCUUACAUUCUUGUCACCUAUUGUUGCAUGUUAUGCAUGCUCAUUUUUGAUGCCCAAUGAGCCGUUUACACGCAAACAGCAGCUCGCUGGAGUUAUAUCCCUGCUUGGCGUGGUUCUCAUCGCGCAGCCAUUUUCAGGAGGGAACGUCGAGAAUCUUGCCAGUGAAAUCGCGCCUUUGGCUGGCGAUGGGAAUAGCACGCUCGCGGAGAUUGUCGGUGGUGAAUUAUCGGAUAACGACAUGGCGGACGGAGUUAGUGCAAUACAUCAUCUCAUAGCAGUCGGAUUCGGAAUCAUUGGUGUCUUUGGCGCAGCAUGCGCAUACGUUACCAUCCGUCUGAUUGGGCCAAGAGCCCACCCCUUGGUCAGCGUCACCUACUUUUCUGCGUACACAACAACAGUCUCUCUCAUCGCCAUGAUUGCGAUCCCAUCAGUCUCUUUCCGACUCCCAGGGAAUCUGAUGGAAUGGGGCUUGCUUCUCGGUCUCGGGGCCACCGGUUUCACUAUGCAAUAUCUACUUACAGCAGGACUGGCAUAUCAGCCACCAUCUAUUGGAGGCAAGCAGCCUCAGAAAGGGAACGGGACACGGGCGACAUCCAUGCUGUACACGCAGAUGUUGUUUGCCUUGUUCUAUGAUGAAGUGGUCAUGGACAGUUCGCCUAGUGCGAUUAGUUGGGCUGGCUCGGGUUUGAUUCUUGGUAGUGCGUUGUAUGUCGGCGUCAUUCGCGAUAGCGGCAGCAAUAACAAUACUUGCAGAAGCGCAGGUCAGGAUAUUCCGCAAAGCCAAGGUGGAGAAGACGAGCCCGACACCGGACGAGUCAAGGAUACUUCAUCGCGAGAUAUACGGGAUGCCGAAGAAGGUCGGGCUCUUUUGGCCGAGUCGGAUGAUAUAGAUGCCGAAGCUUCUUCUUCUUCCUCCUCUUCUUAG